GGUCACCCUCAAGUUCUGCAUUUGACUUUUCUUUGACUUUCUUUGAUAUAAAUUGUAAUUCAUCUCAAUUAAAGGAAAUAAUUUACUUGUAUUGGAAGUUUAAAGUGAAACACGCAAUAUGCGUAAUGCACCGAAAUCACUCGGUCUUAUGGUAACAAGUCCAGGCGGAAGCGGGAGCACUGGCGCUAUCACGGACAGAAUAUCUACAAAUGGGCGCCAAAAUAGUUUAGAGGAUAUUAAUCUGGAUCAGUUCCUAAAGACCUCAAACUAUGAGGAUACGGUCAAGCAAUUGGAUAUUUACUAUGGCAUUGUGAAACGACAAUUGCUGCGCUUCCAGAGUCCCAUAACAGGUCUAUUUCCUGUUAUGAGUACAGAUCAGGUGGUCGGAUCCGUUCGUGAUAGUGUCUAUUGUGCUGCCGCCGUUUGGAGUUUAUAUCAGGCUUAUCGUCGCAUCGACGAUGAUCGUGGCAAGUCCUAUGAACUGGGCCAGAGCACAGUCAAAUGUAUGCGGGGUAUUCUCGAGUGCUGGGUUAAACAGGCAUCCAGAGUGGAACUCUUUAAGCAACGGCAAUCAAAUCAGCAUGCAUUGCAUAGCAAAUUUCAAUUGCACACCGGUGAAAAGAUCUAUCCGGAUGAAUUUUAUAAUCAUCUACAAAUUGAUUGUGUCUCUUUGUAUCUGCUUUUCUUGGUGCAAAUGAUCACAUCUGGUCUGCAAAUUAUCUACACUCACGAUGAGGUAGCAUUUGUACAGAAUUUAGUUUAUUAUGUGGAACGAGCCUAUCGUACACCCGAUUUUGGCAUGUGGGAAAGGGGUUCGAAAUACAAUAAUGGCACACCUGAGAUUCAUGCUUCGUCUAUUGGAAUGGCCAAAUCCGCUUUGGAGGCAAUCAAUGGAUGCAAUUUAUUUGGCGAGAAAGGCGCCUCGUGGAGCGUUGUCUAUGUGGAUAUUGAUGCCCAUAAUCGAAAUCGCAGCAUUUUUGAAACUAUGUUGCCCAGAGAAUCCAGUUCAAAGGGAGUAGAUGCAUCCCUCCUGCUUACAUUGUCCUUCCCGGCCUUUGCCUCACAUGAAGACCGUCUUGUGGAUCAGACCAAACAAAAUGUAGUUAAUCGUUUGCGCAGCAAAAUGGGUUUCAAACGUUUCACACGAGAUGGCUUCUUGAGCAAAACGGAGGAUAAAACUCGCCGGUAUUAUCAUUCAGGAGAAUUGAAAGAGUUUGAGGGCUUGGAAUGUGAAUGGCCGCUAUUCUUUAUAGCCAUGAUUAUCGAUGGCGUGUUCAAGAAUAAUAACGAACAGAUUGAAGAAUUUCAAAAUGAUUUGCGCCGCUGUCUGCACACUGAUGCCAACGGAGAUCCCGUUGUGACCAUGUAUUAUGCACCCGAUGGUGAAGGUUCCUAUAUGCGUGCCCCAUCGCAAUCAUUAUUCCUCUGGGGUCAAUCGUUUUUCAUCAUAGCCCAAUUGCUGACAGCUGGAUUACUUCACAUCAAUGAAUUGGAUCCCAUACGACGAUAUUUGCCCAGUUAUAAUCGUCCCCGAAGAGCCGGACGUUAUUCGGCAUUUCAGGGCAAAGCUUUCGAUGAUAAACACAAAGGCACCGCCACAGAUUUGGUAGUGCAAAUCGUUUUGAUUGCCGAAUCAAUGCGUUUGCAGGCCAUGAUGGCCACCUAUGGCAUACAAACUCAAACGCCACAUGAGGUGGAGCCAGUGCAAAUCUGGAGCUCAACUGAGUUGAUCAAGGUCUAUCAACAUUUGGGAGUCAACAAUAAGGUAGGACUUUCGGGUCGCCCUUCACGUCCGGUGGGCUCAUUGGGUACUAGCAAAGUCUAUCGCAUAUGUGGCAUGACGGUCCUGUGCUAUCCUCUGAUCUUUGAGGUCUCUGACUUUUAUCUGUAUCGUGAUAUGGCCCUGCUUAUUGAUGACAUCAAAACAGAAUUGCAAUUUGUGGGCAAAUAUUGGCGCCUAUCUGGUAGACCAACUGUUUGUCUACUUAUACGAGAGGAACAUAUGCGGGAUCCGCAAUUCAAGGAGAUGUUAGAUCUAUUGGCCAUGCUGAAGAAGGGUUAUUGUGAUGGCAUGAAGGUUCGCAUUGGACGCUUGCAGAAUUUGAUUAGCAGCUCUUGCAUAGAACACUUGGAUUUCAUGAAUCAGAGUGAUCUUACGGACAAUGAGAAUGCCUUUUCCCAAAUCAAUCACGAAUACAUUGGCUAUCAAUCACUGACCGAUGUGCCAAAAGCAUUGACCUACGUGGAAGAGAAGGUAUCGGUGGCACACUUUGAUAACAAACCAACGCCAGAUAUCAUCAAUGCCCUGCGCAAUACCGAGUCUAUUUAUUGUCUGUGUCAACUUUGGGGUAUUCUACUUAACCGUGAAGGCUCCCACUUUGAGGUGAAUGGACUCAAUGUCAACACUGCCUUGACACAACUCUAUCAUCGAGCUGGAUCGUUGCGGUAUUGGCGUGCGGUACGCUACUGUUCGUCUCUUUUGCAUCAUAUUGUAGACUCGAUCAGUCCAUUUAUCACCACAGUACUGGUUAAUGGCAAAGAGCUAACUGUGGGCAUUAUUGGACAAAAGGAAACUGUAUUCGAUAAGCCCAUGACGCCGGCUGAAAUACAGAAUGUCAUGUAUACAAGUGUCCAACCAUAUGAUGUCAUCCAAGCUGUGCUGCAGCAGGAGGUGGUGCUUUAUUGUGGUCGAUUGAUAGCUACAAAUCCAUCCAUGUUCCGGGGUAUACUUAAAAUUCGCAUUGGCUGGGUCCUAGAAGCCAUGCGAAUAUAUUUACAAAUCUCUGGCCAACAGAGCAUCGAUGUGGAUAAUCUAUCACCGUUCCAAGUUCGAAUUCUGUUGCAGAAAGUUUUAACGGUCAGCGAGUGGGCAGUUGAAGAGAAACUUACCACACUGCAACGACGUCAACUGGAAGGUUGCCUCUGCCGUGUGCCCAAGCACUUUUAUAACAAAAUCUGGGAAAUUCUACAACGUACACCUCAGGGUAUUGUAACGCAAGGACAUCAUUUGCCAGCCACGCCCACACUUACUAGCAUGAGUCGUGGCGAGUUGUCAUUUAAUUUGCUCGUAGAAGAGACUCUCAUUUGCAUUGAUCGACCAGAAAGGCGUCAGAUAACAGUGGAAUUGCUUUGCAUAGUGGCCACCAUUCUAAACAGAAAUCCUGAGCUGCACUUUAAACAAGCCCUAGACUUGGAUGGCAUAUUGGCCGAGGCGUUUGCCAUGUACUGCAAGGAUAACAAUAUACAACAACAGCCGCAACCUCAAACUCAGGAACAUAAGAAAAAUGAAGAUCUAACUGCAUUCUACUCAUUACCAUAUUCAGAGACCACUGGCUAUUUGGCCCGAGCGGCUGUAAAUAAGGUUUUACAGGGUGGUAUCUUUUCGACGAACGACGAAGAUGUUCAAUUGGAUAGCGGUCAUCUGCAUGAUGAUAACUGUAAGGUUUCCUAAAAGACGAAUGAGACAGGAUUCUUAAAACUAUUAAGCUUAGCUUAGGCAAAUAUCCUGGAAGACAACCACACACUACCCACACAAAAAUUAACUCGAAUUUUGUGGCAUCUGCUUAAAUUUAAUUGUUUUAAUUUGACUCUUAUUUAAUUUGUAUCUCUCUAUUUAGUUGUUUAAUUAAAUGUUAUGUAUAUUUUUGUUGCAAUAA